GAGUCCGCGGGAGGCGCUCUACGGCUACCGCGGACAACGGGUCGGUGAAGCCAGCCACCCAGGCCCCCCCGGGCCAGCCGACGAGCCGCCGGGUACGCCGGAACGCAGAUCGGGAGAGUCUGCCCCGGUACCAGCGCUCGCGGAGACGCCGCCGCACAUGCUGUCGGCGCCGGAAAGGUUUGCCACGCCAGACUCGCGAGCGGGCGCGCGGUCGGCCUCACCACCGCCACCGCCACCGCAGCUGAACCACUUCGCCAGCAUUUUCGGCGCCUGGCCGGCAGCGCCCCCUGAACCAGAGGGAAGGAGGUGGGACUUCUCGGGCCUCUCCCUGCCGCCAGCAGGGCGCGAGGCGGCCGAGGAGCAGCGACAGCCGCCGCAGCAACAGCAGGGGCCAGACCGGCCAGACAAGGAGGAAUGCGCCAUCUGCCAGACGCCGCUCGAAGGGGACACCGUGACGUGGCCAGCUUGCGGCCAUGCCCCCCGCCGCUUCCACGCAGCGCGCGCAGCGAGGCAUCGGCGGACACGGGCGGGCCUGGCCCACUUGUACCACACAGGUGACGCAUCCCGUGCCGAAAGGUCGCCAUGCCCCCUUUGCAACAGCCCGUGGGGGGACUCGCCGGGUGGCGUAGCGGCGCUCGCGGGCUUCGUGGAAUCCCUGAACGCUUCUGGAGACUACCCCACCCGAGGGUGCAGGUGCUCACGCUGCCAAGUCGCGGCCGGCCCGCCAAGUGAGGCGGAGGCGGACCCUUACGCAGGAGUACCCCUCGAGCAGCCAGGAGGGCCCGCGCCGCACGCCAUCGCAGCCUGCCCGCGACAUUUCCACCCCCUGCGGUGGCGGCACUCUCGCGGGCCCAGCGGGCUGGCGGGCAGCUGGGAAUGCCGCGCCUGCGACGUGGCCCCCCUGGGUAGCGACGUCUCGCCGCCGCAGGGCGCGAGACCGCCGCGCUGCCCCUGCGGACGGCCAGGGCCACUCGAGUGGGUCGCCAGGGCCGCCAGGGCCACAGGAGGGUCGUGGAGAUGGCACGGGGCCUGGCUCUGCGAGGGCUGCGCCGCCACGCCGCUUCCGGAGCCAGUGGUCGCUGCCCCUCCGUCGCCGCCCGCGACAACAGCAGACGCAGGAUAUCCUCGACUGGCGCGCCCCGAGCAGGCGCCCACCGCCGCAGAGCAACGGCAGCCUGGCCGCUUCGCCGGGUGGCCUCCCCUGGCGGGCCCACUACGAGAACGAACCAACUCACGCGUGUACGUGCCCUUGCUGUUAGCAGCGGCGGGGCUGCUUGACCAGCAGGAGGCGGCGGGAUGGAGCACGCACCCGCUCACGCACGACUGGUGGCAGCCGACAGUGGAGGCCUUGCAGCAAGCGGACCCCGUGCCGGCCGAGACCUUCCCCCAAGGGCUGGAGUUCGCAGGGGCCAGCCCAGGGGCGGUAUAUGCCGUGAUCGCCGCUGGGGGCGGAGCACGCCCUGGACACGUGCACCUGCCGCCUGUGGUCAGAGCCCUGGCGGACGGCGCUGGCUACAUCGACAACCUCGCCCAGGACCUCUUGCUCGAGCUCUUCGGGGGGGUCGUGCUGGCGCGGGGGGUCGACCGGCGCGCAGACGAGCUCCGCGACCCGGCCAGCAACUCUGGCCCCGCGCUGCCCGCGCCGCUGGCCCAGCCCCGCCGAGACGGGGGCGCGGGGCGAGCUGCUCCUCCCCGGGCGCCCCUGGGGCGCCGCCCCGCCCACGCCCGCGCUCGCUUGACGGCGGCAGAGAGGGAAGCGCUGGACGCGACAGACGCAGCAUCUGUGCUCCGGGCCCGCGUGCCAACCCUCCAACGGGCGCCGGCGUUCGCGCGGGGGCCGUUCCGCAACGCCCUGCGCAAAGCUUUGGAGCUGAUCCGAGAGGGCGAAGCAGACGAGACAGGAGCAGCGAGAGGGUGGAAGCUGUUCCUCCUGCUCCCACGACUGCUCUUGUGGAGAGAGGCGGGGCAGCAAAGGAUCCCCAAGGAGCAACUCCUGGAGAGGCUCACCCGCUUCGAGGCUGGAGACUGGGCGCAGCCUCUGACAGAAGCACAGCCGGGCCCGCCGCGCAGGCCGCCCGAGCGAGACGCGAACGGGCAGAGCAGGGCGCCCGAGGCACGACGGGGCCGGGCGCCAGACGAAAACGAGGAGCUCCGCAGCCGCUGCGAGAGGGCCCGCGAGCUGAUCCGCCUCGGCGAGGUAGCGAGCGUGGUGGCACCAGGCACACAGGCCACUCUGGACGAACUCCGGGACCCGGCACGCCGCCUGCAGCAGCCGAGAGAGCAGCUCAGCGAGCGAGCCGCCCGCGCGCCGCCGCAAGGCCUCGCCAGCCUGGAACCAGACCGCCUCCUCACGAACGUGCGCAGGAGGAUGACGGGAGAACACUUGCAGACGCUGCUGGACGACGAGCACUGCUGCGACCUCCUGCACCACGCUGCCACGCUCCUUGCGAGGGCGGAAAUCCCUGGCCCCGUGGCAGAGGCCCUCCGGCUCGGCCGCCUCACGGCGCUGCGCGAGAGCAACGGGAGGGUGCGAGGCAUCGUGACUGGCGACGUCUUCAGGAUACCACACGUCGGGGACCUGCAAUCUUCGUGGCUCCUGCUCAGCAUGUGCGCCAGCCCCAGGGCCAACUUCUUCCUGAGGGCGCUGGCUCCCGAGGACACGGCCGCCUUCGCCGCAGCGCACGACGACAACCUGGCCAACGCGCUCGCCGACUUGCUGGAACUCCCGCAAGAAGCUGUCGCAGAAGGCACGUCAGCGCGCCAACGCUGCCAACUGCCGCUUUGCAUGGGAGGGCUCGGCCUGCGAAGCGCGUCCAGGACGGCGCCGGCGGCCUGGUGGGCUUCCUGGGCAGACUGCGCGCAGAUGCUCCGCGAACGCUGCCCCGAGCUCACAAACCAGAUCUGCGCAGCACUGAGCGAGCUGGACCGGGGCCCGCUGCCGGCCGCUCCCGGGUACUUACAACAACAGAGCGGGCCGUGCGCGGGACGAGCCUUCACCGCGCUGCCCACGACGGGGGACUUCCACAUCCCGCCGGCAGAAUUCGAGUCCUGCUCCUCAGGCGCUUGCGAUUUGAUCUACCCUUCGCAGCGAGCGCUUGCAGAUGCAGAGGCAGACUGGACGCCAAAGGCUGGGGGCCGAGUCGCAGAGAAUCAGCUCCUGCGAGACCUCAACGUGGACGGCGUCGACCCCCGCGACGGGCGCAAGAUCGAGGUCAUCGCGAACGGCCUGCCGCUCUGGGGAGGAGCGCAGCUGGCGAUUGACGCGACCCUGGUGUCGCCAGUCCGCGCCGACGGCACCGCGCAGCCCAGAGCCGCGGACGAGGACGGAGUCCAGCUCGCGGUCGCGCGGGGCCGGAAGGAAGCGACCUACCCCGAGCUCAUCGGGUCAAGGAGAUGCCGAUUGGUCGUGCUGGGCUUGGAAGUCGGCGGCAGGUGGUCCGAGGAGGCCCAGACCUUCGUCCGGCUGCUCGCCAGGGCCAGAGCCCGCAGCGCGCCGCAGCGACUCCGAGCGUCGGCGCGGGCGGCGUACCUACACCGCUGGACAGGCUUGGCCGCGGUCGCGGCCCAGAGGGCGUUCGCGGCCACGCUGCUGGAGUGGGACGGGGCUGCCGCGCACCCGCCUGCGGGCCCCACCUCCCAGGCGUGGGGCGGGGCUGCCGCGCGCCCGCCUGCGGGCCCCACGCCUGGGCCCCCGCUCCAAGAACGCAGAGGAACAGGGGCCUGCUGGCGACGAUCCGGCCUCAGAAGCGGAACGGGGGUGGGAGGUGGGGCGGGGCUACCGCGCACCCGCCUGCGGGCCCCACCUCCCGGGCGUGGGACGGGGCUACAGCGCGCCCGCCUACGGGCCCCACGCCCAGACCCCCGCCGCAGCUGCGCCGAGGCGGAGAAUGAGAGGGCGCGGCCGAGGAAGCAGAGAAGGAGGCAGCGCGCGCCAGGAGGGCGAGGCAGCUGGCGCUAG